CAGCUGCCCAGCUCAAAGCCAUGGUUCCCUGGCUUGUUGCAAGCUGGCGACAUCUGACCCAGGAACGCCGCUAGCCGCAGCCCUGGAGGGGAACCAUAUUCGCCAUGGGGGUGAUUGACGUGUCCGUGCUAAAUCUGUCUGGGCGUUAUUUUCACUUCCAGGUGAAGCCCGAACAAUCAGCAGCCGACUUGAAAUCCUUGGUGGCAUCCAGCUGGAAGGUUCCCUACAUGUGCUUGAAGAUCUCCGUUGAGAUGCGAGUGGUGGAGGACGAUGAAAUUGUGGCUUCACUUUGUGAAUCCGGCCGGGAGCUGGAAGUUUCAGCACUAGUUGUCAGCGAGAAACUUUAUGAUGCAAUUAAGAAUGGAAGGCUUGUAGAGCGAGCAGCGGCUCUGACUGCUUUGCCACAGAUUGCGCAGCCCGGUGAUGGCCGCGCCUUGGGCAAGCCUUGA